UCCCACGAGUUUCCUCCGUGCCCGCCUGUUUUCUAGCACGGCAUGGAUUCGGUUCGUUCCUCUCGAAUGGAACUGGAUAUCAGCACAAUCCCGCCGUUGUAGUACUUGUACGUCCUUCCAGAACCAGAAGCCCAAUCUAACACAGCCAAGACCAACACACACAGCAAUACAAACACAAACGAUGGCCGGAGAACAAGACAACAACARCAGCAGCAGCAGCAGCAGYAGCAGUGCUUCGGCACCAGCACCGGGACGCCCCCGGUGGGUCGUCUCCCUCGCCCUGGCGGCCCUGGUAGCCUGUUCCGCCUGUAGGGAAUCCGCGGCCUUUUCGUCCCARGGUGCCCUCCCGGCCCRCRCGCGGUCCGCUCCUGCUGCCUCCGUCCUCUUUGCCGAGCCRCCCGAACGCAACAGCGRCGACGAAAGCAGCGAAAACGAGAACGAGAACCAGAACSAGAASGACGCCGAGAAGGACGCCGAGAAGUGGAGGGCCCAGGCCGAGGAGCUCCGCGAGCAGAUCCGCAGGAUGGAGGGRGACCUCCCCGACCGGCCCCUGUCCGACGAACGGGCCGCGGCCCUCGACGCGGCCAAGAAGCUCGCCGAGGAGCAGAGAACCGCCAGGGAGGAACAAGCCUCGCUCCUGGACGGCAAGAGGGUCCUCCUGGUGGGCGCCAACGGCCGGCUGGGAUCGAUGGUCUGCCGGAGGAUCCUCCGGGAGUACCCCGAGAUCGAAGAGGUCGUCGCGAUGGUCCACGUGGUGGGGGAGAACUCRGAGACCUCCCGGGGCUACGGCCGCCUGGCCUACGAGGUCGGCGCCGAGGACGGGAGGGGGAGCAUCGGGCCGGCCUGGUCGGCCGACGACCGGGUGGCGACCUUUGAGUACGACGAGGAGCGGAUGRGCUCGUACAACCUGCAGAAGCUGCGGGUGGUGGAGUGCGAGGUGCGUCUCGGUGUUUGUUCGUUCUGUGUGAGGCGCUGGUGGGUGGCGUUGGUGGGUGGGCUCGGAGGAAGGCCCGGCCAUCGCUGUUCGGUCCCCUCGGUGGCCAUCGCUGGACGGCGGUCCUGUUUUCCAAAAUGCCCCUCUUCUCAAUCCGUCUCUUGUGUUUUUUAUGGUUUCUCUUUUUUCUUUUUCCGGCUUGUUUCGCCCGAAUCGAAUCCGAUACGUUACGUUACGUUACGUUACGUUCCACCAGCUCCUCGAUCCGGUCCAGUGCCGGACCAUCGUGGAGGACUCCCGGGCCGACGUGGUGGUCUGGUGCGCCACCGAUUUCAACGGGAGCACCCCGAGGGCCCUCAGCGGGGGGAGCGGCCCCCUCAGCGGCCUGCCCUUUUUGUUCCGGGCGGUCGCCGACCCCGACAAGGGACGGGUGGAGGUCGAGGGGCUCCGGAACAUGCUGGGGGCCCUCAAAAACUCCAAGCRGGAAGCCAUCCAGAGGAGGCGGCAGAUGACCGCCUUUACGGGGAGGCCGAGGGAGUCCCCCMUGGACGACGCCGGACCACCUGCCGGGCGAGACGAGGCCGAGGGCCCCGGAUCCGAAGCCGAAGCCGCGGGCAUCGACUUUUUGCUCGUCUCGAGCUGCCCGGACGCCCUCGGAAACUUCGAGACCCCCUUUGGAACCUUCCUGGACAUCAAGCGGCAGGGAGAGGACAUGAUUCCGAUGGAAUUCCCCUCCCUCGGCUACUCCGUCCUGCAGUUUGCCACCUUCGAGGACAACUUUGUCGGGGAGGACCUGGAGCUCAAGCUGAUGGUGGUCGAGAACGAGGCCCCCCGCGUGCCUCCCACCGACGGACCGCCGCGAGAGGAGGAGCAGCAGCAACCGCAACCGCAAAAGAGGCAGCGAAAGGUCCGGAGGAUCAACCGCCGGGACGCCGCCCGGGCGGUCGGGGAYGCCCUGGUGGAUCCGGACUACCACAACAAAAAGAUUCAGGUAUGGACGAACGAGGUGGGCAACUAACCGAUUGGAUGCAAGAGAGACCCAAAGGAAAGUACCAGUGACACACGGUGCGAAACAAAGAAAGAAACGAUGGAAUUUGCA